AUGGAACAAACGCCUGGCCUUCCAGAUCAGGUUUUCGUGUGUAAUUCUGGCCUCGUCUACAACAACAAAGUUUACCUCAGCAGAUUCCGACACAAGGAAAGAACAGGAGAACAGGUGCACUAUUUGAAGUGGUUCAAAUCACAAGGGCUUCAAACGCUGGGUGAAGACUAUCCGGAAUUCUUUGAAGGUGGCGGUGAUGCCGUAUUCUCGGACCCAAAAACGCUAUGGGCAGGAUUUGGCCAGCGAUCAGGCCAAAGGGGUAUACGAACGAAUCAAGGCUUGGGAGAAUUUGACAUCGUCAUCUGCGAACUGAUUCAUCCAAACUUCUAUCAUCUGGACACCUGUUUUGCUCCUGUUGAUGAGACAACUGCCUUGUGGUAUCCGCCGGCCUUCUCCGAGAAUACCAAGAAGGAAGUACGUCUAGCUCGUUAUAGGAGCAUAAUUAGUGAAAGGGUGGGAGUACGCAACAGAGCGAUUGUACCACGUGACGUCUUGCCUACUCUGUCUCACUUUGUCUUGAGAUCUCUUGAAGGCAAGCUGUACAUUCACAUUCAUGGACCCUGGUCUUUGCCAUAUGGGAGAUUAUGCGGCGUCUACCGGAUUCCAUUGCCAUUUCCGAUCAGGAAGCAAAUUCUUUUGUCUGCAAUGCGAUUACUGUACGGGAUACGGUACUGUCUCCAACUGGCAUGCAAAAAGCGACACGAGAAGCUCUUGGCUCGUCGCAAGAAAGCUGUCACCGACAUAGACAUGAGCGAAUUCAUGAAAAGCGGUGGAGCUUGCCAAUGUCUUGUACUUCGAUUAUAA